CCGCGUUCGCGAACGGUUGCAUUUUACCUGUUGUUUCCCGAAGGCAUUUCGGUCUCGAAGUUUUUCCCGCUCCCUUCCGGUGGGACCUUAGGAGGAGUGCUAUCGUCAUCGUCGUCGUCGUCUUGGUUUUAUGGUUUUUGACCAAACCAAACGAAGAUAUCGCCUCAGGUGCAAGCUCAAAAGAGCUCAACGGUAGAGUCAAGAGCGAACCUCGACUUUUUUUUCUUAAUUUUUUGGGCUUAAGUUUUAUGGCUCCAGUCACGUCCUUCUCGAUCGCGGUUGCCGACGGUUAUCGUUGUUUUUUUCCUCAACUUGAUUCGUCUAUAUUUUAAAUAACUUAGUGCUCGAUGUUAAGUUAAGCCGGGAUAGAAGAAAAAAAAACAACGAAAAAGCAACAGCAGUUGCACACAUUGCAUGUGUGUACUUUGAGUGAAGUGCUCUAGACUCUCAGAAGCGCGCCUCUUGAUUGUACGUACCAACUUGGCUUGAAGGAGGAGGCUUUAUGAAUUCGAAAAAUUCCAAUCGACGAAACUCGUUUUGCGUUUUUCCUUUCGCGGGCUCAAGGGUUGUUUAAGCCUUAGUUGGGCUUUAUUGUGUGGAUGUGAGUGAACGCGGAAUUAUUAUUGGUACUACUUAGUGCGAGUAAUCGUGCAAAAAUAAGAAAAAGCGUGGCGAAUAAGAAAAAAAGAAAGGAAAUGUACCACCAGUAGUGAGUGAGUUGAGCUUUACCAGUAAGUCUACUGAAGGUGUUCGAGGUGGUGUUUUUGAAGAAAAAAAAAGUGUGAAGAAACAAGUGUCACAGUGGAUUGGACGACAAAAUUCCACUUGAGCGAGAUAGAGGUGUGAAAUGAGUACAAAUGAGCAAACGGCUACAUCGGUAACGACUCUGACGACGACGGCCAAGUCCGGCGGUGGAUCUUCCGGCAAUGGGGCACUUCAGCAAGUUGCCGGGGGCAAGCAAUGGUGGAAGGUUUGCUUCUUGUACGGCAACCAAGACAAGUACUACAGACAGAUCUACGCCAAGGCAGCCUCGGAACGAAUCGCUCAGGCCAACAACAGCAAUGGCCAGUCAAAUUCGGGCGGCGGCAAGUCGGCUAUCAUCUUCCCCACGAAACAGCAUCGGCCAAUUCUUCUCAAUGGCGAGGGAAGUCAGCGGAAGAGUUCCGCUGAAACGGCCAACGGGAGCAAGAAGCGAGUCACCGUUCUUGACGAUUCGUUCCUUCUGGGAGUCAGCGAAGAUGAGCAACGAUCCGACAGCGGAAUCAACAUUGAUGCCUCAAACCCUCCGGAUGAUCCAAUCCCUUCACCUUCUUUAAUGCCGCCGCCGUCGGCGGCUAUCAACAGGCUCCCCGGGGGUAGUUCCGGACCCGGGAUGCGACGAAAUUUCCAUCUCAACAGCGAAGAGCUGAGGCUGUUGAACUCGGAACGGCCUAUCCCGGUCCUCAGCGGGGGACAAUCCCAAGUUCCACCACCGGCCCCCGGUUCAAGGUCUUCACCGGCUAGCUACUCAUCUUCCUCUCCCAUCGGGGGAUCACUGCUAAUGACCACUGCCAGCUGCCCAAACCGUGGGAUUGCACCCAAUCCGUCAUCGUCAUCAAACGGUGGUGCUGCAGUGGCAGGAUCGCCAAUGUGUCCACCAGACGUACUGGGUCAAACCCUUGGACAGUUCGAAGUCGGCGGCCCCACCAACAAUAAUAAGAUUCAUCCCACCUCUUUACAGCAGCAACAGCAUCAAUAUCAGCAAACGAUGUCGUACCCGUACCAGAAACCCGUCUACGACUACGACGUCAACAACAGUCGGGUUUCGCUAAAUUCCCCACAGCAUGGGCCACCUCAGCCUGGCGUGGGCUAUGGCGUGGGCCAUCAUAGUGGCAAGGUGGGCCCACCUCAAUCGCUGCUUCAGUCCCCCUCGGUUUCGGACUUCCUCCCGCCGCUGCAGCCAAACAACGGACCCCAUCAGGAGUGUCCUGGUCCCGGAUCCCGCGGCAUCUACGCCGCCCAUGCCCUGUCUCAGCCUUCGAGUAAUCUGCCACCCCAGCAACAUCUGCAGCACCAUCCGGGACCUUAUCCGGGGAUGCCACCUGGACCCGGAGCACCUGUCGGGAUGUAUCAUCAUUCACCAAGAAGUGGGAGCGCGAGCAGUCAACAUCAUUCCCCGUCACCCUCGGGACCUCCUCCUCCCCCUUCCUCGGCCCAUCAUUCUCACCAGCUGUCGUCGCAAACCUUCGGCAGUGGAGUUGGAGGUCCUCCCAGCAGCUAUCACCUCGGUCAACACCAUCCGGCAGUUGGCGGCAUGGGGGGCAUGGGAGGACCUUUGCCGGGUGGCCCGGGAGGAGUCGGUGGAGUUCCUGGACCAGGAGGAGUCGGAGGAGGCGGUGGCGGCCAUAAUUAUUCCCAGUCCGACGACGACAGCGGCUGUGCCCUGGAAGAGUACACUUGGGUUCCUCCGGGCCUUCGGCCAGACCAGGUCCAUCUCUACUUCUCGGCCAUCCCGGAAGAUAAGGUGCCCUACGUUAACAGCAUCGGCGAACGUCAUCGGGUGCGACAGUUAUUGCAGCAGCUGCCUCCGCACGAUAAUGAGGUGCGAUACUGUCACUCGCUCACGGACGAAGAACGCAAAGAGCUGAAACUAUUCUCGGCCCAACGGAAACGGGAAGCCCUCGGUCGCGGCACCGUCAAACAACUGGCCACCAAUCAACUGUGCUAUGGGUGUGGUGAAUGUAUCUCUUCCGGCGAUAUGGGCGUGUGCGCGUCCCGAUUCGAUCAGGGCACCUGCUGGCAUCCGGCCUGUUUCGUGUGCUGCGUCUGCAAGGAACUGCUGGUGGAUCUGAUCUACUUCCACCGGGAGGGCCGGCUGUACUGUGGCAGGCAUCAUGCCGAGACGCUGAAGCCGCGCUGUUCCGCGUGCGAUGAGAUUAUACUGGCCGAUGAGUGUACGGAAGCUGAAGGACGGGCUUGGCAUAUCAAACAUUUCGCUUGUUUCGAGUGCGAUAAACAACUUGGCGGACAAAGGUACAUUAUGCGAGAUGGCAAACCGUACUGCUUGCACUGUUUCGACGCGAUGUUUGCCGAAUAUUGCGAUUUCUGUAGCGAACCAAUUGGGGUAGAUCAGGGCCAGAUGAGUCACGAUGGCCAACACUGGCAUGCCACCGAUAACUGUUUCGCUUGUAGUACCUGUCGAUGUUCGCUGCUGGGUCGCCCAUUUCUACCUCGACGAGGAGAGAUCUACUGCUCGAUAGCGUGCAGCAAAGGGGAACCUCCAACACCAUCCGAUGGUUCCGUGCCAACCGUAGUUCCGGGUCUCGUUCGUAACUCUCGCCUUCGGAGCAGUCAACGAAGUGACGAUCCCACCGAAUAUUCCCCGCAUUUGCCAAAGUCACCCGAACCGCUGCAAAGCCCAAUCAGCGAAAGGAGCACCCCGCACUCCAGUCCUGCCAAACAUUCGCACGCCGAAAUGUCCACCAACGUUUCGAGUCCGGUUCCCGCGGACCUUCCGUCGUCUUCCAUUGACCACGAGAGUACCCUGUAUGGAAGCGGAGCCACCUCACCCGUAUCUUCCCGAACCAAUCCCUGCACCGAGCAGAGCGACUUUGUCGAUCAUCACAUCACAUCAUCUGCACAGCACGAUUCCCUCCCCCAACAAUGCUCUCCAGAACUGAACCAUCUGCUUCACAAAGACCGAAGUCGACAACCCCUUGACCUGACCGAUCUAAGUCUAAGCUUAGACAACUGGCAGGCCAUGGAGCAGCAAACACCCCAUCAUCAAAAUCAGCAUCAAAGUCAUCACCAUUCCAUCACAUCCAUCACCAAUAACCAAAACCAGCCGGAUGUCACCUCAUCAUCGCUCGGCAAAACGAAUCCGACCAUCACCUCCUCGAUGCCGGAACUAACCGGGUCCCCAGCGAUUCCCUCAUACGACGACGACGACGAUACCAAUAGCCCGUUGGACAAUGCAAGUGCAAUAACCAGUGCAGCAGAUGAGCAGCAGCAGCAGCAACAGUAUUUGCAAUCGAUGCAGCAUCAUCACUCGUUACAUCCCCGGAUACUGAACUCGACCGUGGCGAUGCUCAUACCGGAGGACGAAGACGACGAGGACGCGAUUCACAAUGCUUCGGAUGUGUCGCAUUCGAUCGUGGAGCUGCCGACGCCACCUCCUAUUGUAAUCAAAAAGGAGGUCCGCUUCGAGGGAGAUUUCCAAGACUCGCUACCCCGCACCAAGAGCUACUGCAACCGAACGUCCCGAUCAUCGCGAUCUUCAAAGUCUUCAAAACGUCGCUCCGGCCACCAUGGUAGCAGUCAUCACCGGUCAUCCUCGGAUCGCUAUUCCGAGGACCGACACAACCAUCACUAUUCCUCAUCGGCUUCCACCAGCAGCAGUCGGAAGUCUCCUCGCCGUCGCCGACACCAUCACUCGGAAUCCGUCGACCCGGACGUCGAAGAACGCGAGGAGGACGAUUCCGACAGCCGAAGCGUGUGCUCCACCUGUUCCUCCAGCUCGUCCAGUGCGGACGACACCGUGUACGAGCUGCCGAUGCGAAGGACCUACGGUGGAACCCGAAUCCACUAUAUGCCAAACAAUUCGCUUGCCUGCGCCCGAAAGCGGAAGCAACUGCAGAAUAGCCAUCCUUAUGAGAAAGACAAUAAAAAUUGUAUCAUAUCUUAGGCGAGCGCAAACAAGCUACCCAAACUACAAACGGAAAGGAAUGAAAAGCAAUCAAAAACCUUGUAUAUUUUUGGACAACGUGUUGUUUUUUGUGUGUCCCGUCCCUGUAACGGUUGAAAGUAGAUAUUGGUUACACAUAUAAUGCAUGUAGAAUGAAGAACCAGCUGCAUUUUUACGUUUUCUAAAAAGAAUGUGUUCAUCAAAAAAAAAGUUUAAAUGUAUAUUGAAUUGUCUUAUUUGGGUUUGAAAAAAGUAGUUUAUCGGCAACCAAAAAAGAUGGCAAAUAUUUUGUAGACAUCCUGAAGAUGUACUGAAUGAGAAGGCAACGUGAGAUUAUUUGAAUUUUGUACGACUUUAGGCGAUACUAACGUUUGAAACUAUAUUUAAGAUAGUUGACAGGAACAAAGGAGGAGAACUGUAUCGAAAGCUCAUAUCUUAGCGAUAAGGAUUGUUCUUUGUAUACAAGUGGUUUG